AUGCCGGAGCUGAGCGCCGUCGUCGCCAUAUCCGCCUCAUGUGCGGCCGUUGUCAUCAUAUUUGCGGUGGUGGGUGUCCUUGUGUGGAUCAGACAUCGAAAGCGACGCCGUUUACUGGCGUUGCUGGGAUUGAAAUCAAAACAUGGACAUUAUGUUCGUGGAUUGCAAUCAUAUCCUAUUGACACAUUGACCGAAUUGAGUCAGGCAGAAGGAAGUGUAUUGUUAGCGCAUGGGCAGCUGCCUUAUGGAAAGCCAACUGAAUGGGGUCAAUUGACAUCCCGGGAAAGUUUGCUUCGUCCGAAAAGCACUUCAGACUCCCCUUUCCCACUCACUGAGAAAGCUCGAUCUCUCCGCCACUCUCUUUCUCGAUCUCGUUCCACCCGUUUGUCAAAAUCUUCCCACAAAAGAUUGAGCUCCUUUGCAACUCUAGGCGAUUGUAAUCAACAGCCCAGUCCCCCACCCAAAGGCUCAAUAUCCAGAGAAGACGUACCACUUUCGGCAGUCGAAGGUAUUCUUGAAUUGCCAGCUGAGAGGACCCCCACCCGAACACCUGAACCGACCGAAAGCGAAGACGAAAAAGGAUUCCAUCUAGGUAUGCAGCCUAUUCCAUCUGCGUGGCCUCUUCCGGGCCAAGGAAACCGCGCAGGUCCCUUUUCCGUCUCUGAUGACGACAACUCCCCUUGCACCUUUGAUCCUCCUUCUAUGAUGUUCGAGGAAUCUCCACGACGUUUGCGAGGAGUGAGCAUUGCCAGUCAGACGGCAGGCAUGAUGCCAGGACAUACAAUCCCACCUCCACCUCCCAUUGCAUUUCCUCCAGAGAGAUUCAGCUAUGCACGGAAUGACUCUAUUGCCCGACUCUCUUCGAUGAGUUUGGACACUACAAACAGCUCAAUCCUUGAUGAUGGUCGCACUGGGCCCUGGUCGGCUGAUUCUGAAUUUACUCCAUCCAUGUUCUCAUCCGGUGGCACAUUCGUUCCUUUCAGCGCUGCAGAUGUUGGGGUCAAAGACGGUCGCCGAACUUUCAUCACUACGAAUACUUCUAUUCCCCCGAUGCACAACUUCCCUAUGCGGUCUACAUCUACCACCGAACCACGACACAAGCCUGCGUCCGUGUCUCCUCGGCGUAGUAUGACGACUCGUCAGUAUUCGGGCACUUCGUUUGAUUUUCCGACCAUUGCUCCUCCUCGUCGGACGGACUCCCUGUGUUCUUCCAACCCUCCAUCCCGACACGCAUCAUUCCGGUCUGGGACUCCAGUGGGACGAAUGAACCACUCUGGAUCUCAAAUGUCUCUCAUGUCUCAAUCCAGUUUCUUCCAGAAUCCCACCGUCUACGAGGAUGAUGAAGUUGAGAAUGAUCCAUUUUAUGUCGGCCCACCGGGAAGCGGCACUAUGUUCCACCCAGUUGGGUCCCCGGGCCGUGCGGGCAUCUCUCCCAAUCCUCCAAGCCCAAUGCAACGCAGUGGUCCGUCUGUCAGAAUGGCUCCUCCCUCAGCCCUCAAGAGUGGAAACUCGGUACGCAAGGGUCAUCGCCGUCAGAACUGUGUUCGAAUUUCAUUCCAACCCCCUCUGAGCUUUGUCCCAUCUUCUUUCUCUACCACUGUCGAAGAGGAGCCUGAGGAUUACGACAAGAUGGAAGAGUUGGACCUCCGUGAGAGCGCGAUCAACGCCCCGGUGAAGCCGAUGCCAGUGCCACCUCAGGCUGCGCUGGCUCCUCCUAGCUCUUCGCGUCGAGGCAAGUACGGCAGUCGAAAUGGUAAACAAACAAGCUUUAGUUCUCUUGGUCCAUUGGUCGAGGAGCCGCAGCCCUUCGUCUACGAAUCCCCUCCUCCUUCCAAGAGAACCCUUGUUCUCGCCGAAUUGGCUACCAACGGGCUGCCUGGCCGAGAUCCCUGCACUGUUCCCGAGCUCGUCACUACCCUUCUUACCAAUGCUUACAACAGUGACAACCAUGGAGACCUCUCUCACACCCCUACUCCUGAACGAACCCCUACGCUUUGGGAGCUUCCUGAAAUGCCUUCGCCAUCUCAACGCGAGAACUACCCAAGUGCUGGUAGCCCGCGACGAUCUGGUGUCAAAGGCCCACGCAGCCAACCCCAAGCCACUGCAGCUCAAGACCAACCUACCCGUGUGUCUAAGGCAACCUCCAAUACCGUCACCAAUAAAUCUCUCCUUGAAUCUGAUCUGAUCGCUCAUCGGCUCUCUCUGAUCAGUACCAUGACUGGCACCGAGGGUAGCGACUGGCGCAUGUCUACAGACCCGGCCCGCCGCUCCAAGACAAGUGAGGCAGACCUCGAAUUCCGCCGCACCUAUGCCGCAAAGAAAGCCGCCAAGCUGGCCGCUCAGGAACUCGCUGCCGCGAAGAAAGCCGACGAGCAGGGCAGUGUCGGAAAGAAAGCCGCUCAGCAAGGCGCUGGCUCCGUCGGUCCUUCUGUGAUUCCUACCACCCGCCGAUCUUCGAUGCGUAAACCGGUCACUAUCUAUGAGGAUGCCGAGCGUACUCCCACCAAACAGGUCACUUUCUUUGAUGAGAAUGACCGCUCUCCCACUAAGCCCAAGCAGCUUUCGUCGGUUCACACACUGACCACGCCUGACUACUCACCCAUCGAUGGCGAAAACAAAAUCCCCCCUUCCUUCCAAGGCAAUCAGUCCUUGCCUCCCCGUCCCAACAACGCACCUCCUACUCCUACCUCCCCUCAACGAGGUCGAGGUCUGGCUACUCCAAACAGCAAGAGCCUUGGAAAGGGCAUCGGAACUGCUACUCCUGGUAGUCUCUACGACGGUGAUGGCUUCCUCCGUGAAUAA